AUGUGGCAGCGCGUUAUGGCGCGCUACUACUUAUCUUUUUAUUGGUCAGUGCUGCCGUGAGUUCAUCGCUCUUGCAUUCGAGCAUAGAUUUCUCCUAAUCUCAUCAUAACCUAACUGCGCAGUGUCAAAACAAGCCGCUUUCGUUUCUCUUUGAGAAUAUCUAACGUGUGUUUUCAGUUUUCACUGUUCACUGACUAUUUGUGUACCCUACUUAACUACAAUGCAACCUGAAGAACCUGAAAGUCAUUCAAGAAUUUUAGUCAUAGGAUCUUGUAGCAUAGAUUUUACAACAUAUUCUCCAAGACUUCCUAUGCCUGGCGAAACGCUCAUUGGUAACAAGUUCACAACAAGUUUUGGAGGGAAAGGUGCUAAUCAAUGUGUUGCUGCGGCGAAAACAGGUGGCAAUGUCCAUAUAAUUUGUAGAGUAGGCGAUGAUCAAUGGGGUGAGAAAUAUAAAGAACACUUAAGAACCGUAGGAGUUGAUGUAACUUAUGCUCAGGUGACAAAAGGCACUACUACUGGUAUUGCUCAAAUAUCAGUAGCUGAUAAUGGAGAGAACCAAAUUGUCAUAGUUCCUGGUGCUAAUAAUCAUCUUAGCAAAUCAGAUUUAGGCAAUGCUAAGGAAUUGAUAAAGAAAGCAGAUGUACUUAUCGGACAACUAGAAACUCCAUAUGAAACCACUUUAGAAGCAUUUAAAGUAAAUGACGGAAUUAAAUUGCUAAAUGCUGCUCCUGCGAGAGAACAUAUUGAGGAAAUUCUACCUUUUUGUACAAUUUUGUGUGUAAAUGAACCUGAAGCUUCGUUACUUGUUCAUUUUAAUGUUGAUGUUUCCAAUAUUAAAAAAGCGCUUAAUAUAUUAUUAGAAAGCGGAUGCGACACUGCUAUUAUUACAUUAGGAGAUAAAGGUGCAGCUUACUCCUUGAAAAAUAGUGGGGAAUGUAUUCAUGUUUUCAGCAAUAAAGUGACAGCAGUGGAUACAACAGGCGCUGGGGACGCUUUUGUCGGUGCGUUAGCGAGUUUUCUUGUAAAUUUCAAGAAUCAACCACUACAUCAACUAAUUGGUGCCGCUUGUGAAUAUGCUUCAUUGACAGUAACAAUGGAAGGAACACAAACAAGUUACCCCGAAAAAUAUAUUCCAUUUACUAGACAAUACGAUUAUGUGACUCUUUGAAUUAGGUAUUCUUUUAAUAUACCUAUAGCUGAAAUGACAUUAUUGGGAUUGGAAAUAAAA